AUGCUUUCAGUUAGCAGAGUUCACGAUGUUAACUCAGAGAAAGGGAUGUACGGGAGUGAAGCGACACUUUCCCAGGCAUCCACAUCGGUUUGGAAUGAAAGACGAAAGAUGAGACAAGUCCUGCGUCAUGUCGCAUCGAGGAACAAAGUCAAAGAGAUGACUAAACUACUCAGCGUUCUGGUAGUGCCUUUGAUUGUCCUUGUCGUCUUGUCUGGUAUCAGUCUGGAUGAUAAUAUUAAAAGAUGGCGGACAGCUGAACAAACUGGCGUGGCUCUAAAUCAUAACAAAUUGAUUAGCGAUAUUGUGAUCAGACUUCAGGUAGAACGUGGUUUGGCAUCUACCUUCCUCAGUGGAAACAGAAGCAGUAUUCUUGUCUCGAGAACUCAGGACCAGAACCGAAUUCGAACAGACCAUGCGCUCGAUGAACUACAACGUUGGCCGACCAACGGGUUUAACGUAAGUGGAACGGUGUUUACGUCCAAACGAGACUUCUUGGAUAACCUUCAGAUUCACCGAGCGAGAGUUAACGAAGUUGGGUAUCAACUGAAAGUAUCCAGCAAUAUAGCAUACUAUACCAACGUCAAUAUCGGAUUUAUACUCAGUGGGAUCAUCAGUACCGUGAAGUUAACAAAGCAGGAGUUGUCAUCAGUUCUGGUGGCCAAAGACACUCUUCUCUUCGCCACUGACCUCUAUGGUAUCGAACGUGCUUUAGGUGGAACAUAUUAUGCAGCUUGCCAGCUUUCAGAUGACGAUAAUGCAUUGUUCAGCGCAGUCAAUUCACAGGCAGAAGUGCUCACCAGGUAUAGCAAGGCUUACUUCGGGGAAACGGACAUCGAAGUUCCCGACAGUUCAUUCCUUGAUGUGCUGCGAAAGGAAAUUCGGGAAAAUGAAGAUGCUUGUGCCAAAUAUGGAGCGGACAAUGUGUCUACAUACGCACUCUACUGGUUCGAAAACAGCACCAUAUACAUUGAUCAGUUGGCUGUUGUUCUAAAAAACACCACCGAUCAGAUCCGAAUCACUAAUGAAAGAAUCCGCAAUGAUGCUCUUGUCACGGUAAUUGUAUUCGCAGUAGUUGUGUCCCUGAUCGUCAUCGUCUGUUUUUCGCUAGGUACCUGGUUCGUAAUCCAAACCAAUAACCUGUUGAGCGUCGUUGGCUCUUAUGCUAAAGAACUUUCGGAAAAGACCAGGGAAUUGGACGCUGAGAGGAAGCGUGCGGACCGAUUGCUCUAUCAAAUGCUACCAAGGUGUGUUGCAGAUCAGUUGAAAAUGGGUCUUUCAGUGGCAGCAGAACAAUACGAACAUGUUACCAUAUAUUUCAGUGACAUUGUUGGAUUUACCUCCCUCGCUGCUGCUUGUUCUCCACUCCAAGUGGUUAACAUGCUCAAUGGUCUCUAUAGCAUGUUUGACGGAUGCAUUGACAAGUACAACGUGUAUAAGGUUGAGACUAUUGGUGAUGCUUACAUGGUCGUGUCGGGGUUACCUGAUGCAACGGAUAGACAUGCCUGGGAGAUCAGCACAAUGGCUCUGGAGCUACGCAGUCUGGUCAUGGGCUUUAAAGUACCCCACAUGAACGAUGCUACUCUUCGUCUGAGGAUUGGUAUACAUUCAGGUAGUUGUGUGGCUGGUGUUGUUGGAUUGAAGAUGCCAAGGUAUUGUCUGUUCGGAGAUACCGUCAACACCGCAUCACGGAUGGAAUCAUCUGGAGAAGCGCUGAAGAUACACAUUAGUGAUUCGACUUCUUACCAACUACAGCAACACUUUCAUGGAACAUUCAAGAUAGCUGAACGAGGAAACAUAUCAAUUAAGGGUAAAGGAGCGAUGAAGACUUUCUGGUUACUGGAUCGCAUCCCACCAUUCACACCCCGUAAAGCACAUGUAGAAUGGGAACAUGAUAAUCCACCAUCCCAUUAUCCUUCAGCUCGGUCUAUAACUCCAUCAGUGCCUGGUACAUCUCAACCAGCUUUAUCAAACAGACGUCCUCCUAGCCGUCCGGUCACACCCAUCUACCAACCCUCUCACCAACCAGCCUCACCCGGAAAGUGCCUGGACACGCCCAUCACUGACUUAUCCUUCAUUAAUAAUGUCACGUUAGAUGCCAUCUCUUCUCCUGCACGAGAUGGCACAUCUCAUCCUUUGUCACCUAGCAACGGAGAGUCCAGAUCUCAUCCCGUUACACCUAAGAAAUCCCGCAACACACCGAGUAACCCAGUCACUCCUAGUAAAGUUUUAAAGUACAACCCCUUCAUCUUAUGCACUGAAGCACCACCUAACGAAUAAACCCUAAUGACGUUCCUGUGUUUAUAUUGCCUUCGCUACUGCAAUCACUUCGAAUCAAUGACCAGAUGACGUUGAAAAUAACUCUAUUUUGUAAAAUAAUGUACUUUUGUAAUAUUUCGACCUUUUAUCGUGUUAAUUUAGUAGGAGAUUGCCUUCACGUAGAGUCAUUAUCAUAAAGUAAGUUUCUGAUGUUUUUUCUACUUCAAAUUACACACAUAUGAUAAUGACAUAGUCAUGAGUAUCUUCUAUAUUUAAACAUGGCACUAUGUGCCUUAUGCCUAAGUGUAUAUAGACUAGAACGACCUCCAAUAAUCAAUCGCAAUGUAAGGUUUAAUUUCAUUUCGUGAAUUGCAUUUAAAAAAUCGAACUCUAGUAGUAUGCACCAGGCCUCUAAGCUAUCUACCAACUCACGAAUCACUACGGAUUGCCGGCAGCGCUCUCUUUUUAAUCAAUUUGAAUGAAGAGAGACAAAGGCUGCAAUUUAAUCAAUCAAUACGAGUUACUUUCGAUUUACGUCUCUCGCUUGCACGAUCUUUAGGUUUCCUCUAGCUCAUUUUAUCUUUAUUUGGUCCACCCUCAUUUUUGCCUUUUUCACAAAAGUGUAAUAGGCUAUUGCCGUUUUGCACAUUCUUACUAUUUGAAUUUCCUUUAGUUUUGCAAAGUUUAGAUCGAUUCGUCACAGUAACUUAUUAUUAGAAUUGCACUCUUGUCAACUUUAUUAAGAAUAUAAUGUGUUUAUUCUGUUUUGUUCAAUAAAGCCUUUUUUCUUUUUCUGGAGGAAUGGGAAGGAUACUUGAAAUCUACAUACAUGCACUAUAAAUACAUAAAAACAUUAACAUACAU